AUGGCACCAUCACAGCUCUCGCAGCUCAAAGCUGCUCUGAGCUCUGCAGGACUUAACAAGAAAAAUCACUCCAAAAAGGAAAAAAAAGCUUACAAGAAAGGGGGCGCUAGAGAGACGGACAGAGCUAAGAAGUUGGAUAAAUUGGAAGAGAUCAGACGAAAUCUCAAUAAAUUCGAUGAGCGAGAGACAAAGGUGAAACACGACGUAGGAGGGAGGAACCUCAAAGGCGUAGUCGGACGACCUAGUGCAAGUAAACAAGCCGGUCUUGAACAGCGGAAGAAAAGUCUGUUACCUGAGCACCAACUUCGAGAUCACACCGGAACCUUCCGCGAUCGACGAUUUGGUGAGAAUGAUCCUAGUUUAUCAAUUGAAGACCGGAUGUUAGAGCGAUAUACGCGGGAGAGACAGAGGGGUCAAGGAAAGAAAGGAUUGUUCAAUCUUGAAGACGCUGAAGAUGAGCUCGACGGCUUCGAUGAAGGCUUCGCUCUUGGUGGUCUCACUCAUGGUGGGAGAAGUGUCUUGGAUCUACCAGGAGAUGACUUUGAAGCUCAAGGUUUCGGAGAGAGAGAUGAUGACGAAGAUGAGACUAAAGGCACUGUGGAUAGAAGAACGGUAAACAAAGUACAUUUUGGUGGAUUUGACGGCGAUGAAGACGAGGAAGAACUACCUGAAAGGAAAAAGAGCAAAGCCGAAGUCAUGUCAGAAAUUAUUGCUAAGAGUAAGGAAUAUAAGUACGAGCGUCAACAACAGAAGGAGAUGGAUGACGAGCUUCGAGAUCAGCUCGACGACAAUCUUGAUGACCUGCGGGCUUUAUUGCAGGAAGGAGUACCUGCUCGAUCUGCCGCUUCGAACUUUGCUAGUACUUCUCGUCAAGCUGCUGCCGCUGCCGAUCCCGAAGAAGAUGUAGACUAUGAUCAAGUCGUACGAAGUCUCGCCUUCGAAUCUCGAGCAAAGCCAAAGAACAGAACGAAAACAGAAGAAGAGUUGGCUCUCGAAGAGAAGGAGAAUUUGGAGAAAGCAGAAGCAAAACGAUUGCGAAGAAUGAGGGGAGAAAGUAUUAGCGAUGAUGAAGACGGAGAAGGGUCGAGAAAGAAGAGGAAAACAGAGGCAAGAAAAGCUGACGCGGAUGAUUUGGGAGACGAUUACGUGGAAGAUGAAGCACUUCUUGGACCUGGUAUAACACGAGAAGAUAUAGAGAAUAUGGCUUUGCCUUCUGGCGACGAAGAUGACGAUCUGGACGAAGAAGACGACGAAGUAGGUAGUGAGAUUGAGGGGGAAGACGAAAGCGGAGAGGAACACUCUGAAGACGAAGAAGAUGAGGAAGAGGAUGACGAUAGUGCCGUUGGGUCUGCGAUGGAAGACCUAAACGAUCAAGAUGUCCUCGAAACGCUCGAAUCCGAUGGGGAGGAAAUUGAAACCGUCGUCAAGAAUAGCAAAGGAAAGAGAGCUGCUGUUCAGCCAGGAAAAGCCAAGGAAAUCCCAUUCACUUUCCCUUGUCCCGCAACUAUUGAGGAGUUUGAGGAGGUUUUGGAGGGUUUGGAAGAUUCGGCUUUACCUACUGUAGUUCAACGUAUACGUGCGUUGCACCAUCCUAGUCUGGCUGUUGGCAAUAAGGAGAAACUACAGGAUUUCCUUGGUGUGCUGAUUGAUUACACCUUGAUCCUAUCUUCUCGCACGCCCCCGCCCUUCGACCUCAUCUCUUCUCUCACACCUCAUCUCAUCGCUCUAGUUAAACUCAACAUUAUCACAGCUGCCAGUCACUUCGUCGACAAGCUCAAACUGAUGCAGAAGAACUUGACGAGAGGUUUAGCCAAAGGGUCGUCUGCAAAAAGCUCCAAAACCUUUCCAGGUUGCCCUGAAUUAGUACUUCUUCGGUUGAUAGGUACCAUGUGGUCCACCAGUGACUUUUCCCAUCCGGUUGUAGCGCCUGCUGUCUUGCUCAUAGGGCAGUACCUCGGUCAGAGCAGGAUAAGAUCGACAUCGGACCUAGCUUCAGGACUGUUCUUAUGCUCUCUACUAGCGCAGUACGAAGCAUUAUCGAAGCGAAUCUUGCCAGAAGCUGUAAAUUUCGUGGCGUCUAGUAUCCUCGUACUUCUUCCAAGGCGCAAGGGAUUCGAGGCCAAUCCAACGUAUCCCGAUGCCAAAUCGAAUGACGUGGAUUUAUACAUCAGCCAAAUCGCUGCUAUCGUACCCGACCAACCAGUCAACAUAUCCGAAGCGAUAAAUUCUGCAUCAUCGGACCUCAGGCCUGAGCAGGAUGAACGAGUCAAGGCGAAUCUCCUUGCCGUUGCUUUCAGUCUAGCUCCAAUAUACGCCACAAUGUACGCAUCAUCAGAGGCAUACAUUGAGCUGGUACAACCUCUCGCCAGGGUAAUGGAAGGUUCACGAGUAGCUAAGCUAUCACCUGAAUUGGGGGCAAUGCAUGCAGCGUCUUACACCUCUAUCGCUAGAUCUCUCAACCACGCUCGAGCUGCGCGCAGACCUCUCACUCUUCAAGCGCAUAAACCCAUUCCGAUUGCCUCACAUGCACCUAAAUUCGAAGAAAACUUUGCUCCCGGUAAACACUACGAUCCCGAUGUGGAGCGUAACGCUACAGCCAAACUUAAAGCUCUAUACAAGAAAGAAAGAAAAGGUGCUAUCAGGGAACUUAGGAAAGACAACAAAUUCUUGGCUGGUGAAAAGGCUCGUGAACAAGCUGAGAAGGACAAGGAUUAUAAUAGCAAGAUGAAGAAGGUCGAAGGUUCUCUUAAUGUUGAAAGAGCCGAAGAAAAGGAGAUGCAAAGAGAAAAACAACGAGAAAAGAGACGUGCUGGUAGAGGAUAA